UAAUUUAUAAAACAAUCUAUUAACUUAUAUUUCUUUUAACUCCGAAUAGAUGUGUUAAGUGUUAAGACAACGUCAAAACUCUCAAGAUCAUCAUAAAAGUAACGUAUUAUCUAUUAUUUUUGGAGCCCUUCCAACGUAUUAGUUCAUAGACGAACACUUUACAGAAAACUCAAUAAACACAAAACAAAUUCAAGUUUGUUUGAUAGCGUGGUGCGAACGGAGCAGUGUAUUAAUACUGUUGGUUGUAUUAUUACAGGAGAUCGGCACAAGUCGGUGCCGCAAUAUGAUUAAGGCGGUCGACCUGAUAACUGUUAUUAUAAUAUUAAUGGAGGAUAUGCCUUAGCUGCAGGCGCGUGCGGCCCGCUCAACUUAGUACGUAUAAAUAGAAUGCACAUCGGGUGUAUGUAUUUAGCGUAAGAAAGUUUGAGUGCGGCCGGGCAGUCGACACGCUCGCGCCGCCGCCGCCGCCCGCCGCGCCCGCCGCGCCACAUCCCGACACAUCGCACGAUCCUCGUCCAACCCGUGUGCAGUGACGUACCUCCACCAUCAGACCGGUGUUCAGUGGCCCCAGUGAGUGUGCAGCGUGGCCGACGUGGCCGGCACGUCCGGACCGACAUCCCGACGGCGUGUAACCGUGUUUCAAAAAUAAAACGUUGCCGAUCCGAAACCGGAGCACCUCGAAGGUUAAUGACAAAAGCGGCGGAUAAUUGGAGCUUCGGCGAAAGCUGACGACGACACCAUGUCGACCCGCGACCGAUGAGGCCAGAGACAAACUGCGCAAACUAUGAAACGAAGAAAACAUGACACAGGCCGUAUCACUGCUCAAAUUCAUAAAAAUACCAAAAAAGUACCAGCGACUCUAGAAUAAAAAUGGCGCCCGCCGCGAACUCAACACUGCCACAGUAGUUCACCGAACCAAAGUGCCUUACCUCAACGAACUGUUUAAGCAAUAAGACGGUGCUUCGAAAACAAUAAAAAAAACUUUAAUAAAAAAUAGUGUUAAUAAUUAUAGUAAAAAUCGAACAAAAAAGGAACGAUUCAAAAAAUAUGCGCGUUACCGAACCGACGACUGAACUCACUCACUCGCAGCGUUUACAAUGUUAGACGUGUUCCGCGGCUUGAAGAAUCUUAUAAAGGUCAACUACAUACACAUCGACUCGCCAGUCUUCCGGCUGCACUACUCCAUCACGGUCAUCCUGCUGAUCGCCUUCAGCCUGAUCGUGACGACGCGCCAGUACGUGGGCAACCCCAUCGACUGCAUCCACACUAAGGACAUCCCAGAGGACGUGCUGAACACCUACUGCUGGAUCCACUCCACGUACACGCUGAAGAGCUUCUUCAACAAGAAGGUGGGGGUGGAGGUGCCGUACCCCGGCAUCGGGAACUCGCGGGAGAAAGGGAAGGAAGACAUGAGCGACAGGAAGAUAUACAAGUACUACCAAUGGGUGUGCUUUUGCCUAUUUUUUCAGGCGAUGCUGUUCUACGCGCCGCGCUGGCUGUGGAAGUCCUGGGAGGGCGGCAAGAUCCGCGCGCUGAUGAUGGAUCUCGAUGUGGGCGUGUGCACCGAGAUCGAGAAGAAGACCAAGAAGAAGCUCAUCCUCGACUACCUGUGGGAGAACCUGCGGUAUCACAACUGGUGGGCGUACCGGUAUUACUUGUGCGAGGGGCUCGCUCUUAUCAAUGUUAUAGGGCAAAUGUUCCUGAUGAACAUGUUCUUCGACGGCGAGUUCCUGACGUUCGGGCUGGACGUGAUCGCGUACAUGGAGUCCGACCAGGAGGACCGCGUCGACCCCAUGAUCUACAUCUUCCCCAGGAUGGUGAAGUGCACGCUGUUCAACAAAUUCGGGUCGUCGGGCGAGGUGGAGCGGCACGACGCGCUCUGCAUCCUGCCCCUCAACGUGGUCAACGAGAAGAUCUACGUGUUCCUCUGGUUCUGGUUCGUGAUCCUCGGCACGCUGACCUUCCUCACGCUGCUGUACCGCGUCGUCAUCAUCUUCUCGCCGCGCAUGCGCGUGUACAUGAUGCGCAUGCGCUUCCGCCUCGUGCGCCGCGACAACGUGGACACCAUCGUGCGCCGCAGCAAGAUGGGCGACUGGUACCUGCUGUACAUCCUCGGCGAGAACCUCGACUCGGUGAUCUUCCGCGACAUCAUGCACGAGUUCGCCAACAAGCUGAACCACAACUACCAGCACCACAUCCACGGCAUGCCGGACGCGUGACCUCCGGUGCCCGGCUGGGUGUUCCACACCUGACUGACGUCCCUGCAGCGCGACAUGGAGCCGCCCGUCUAGACUGCGCUGCCUAGCCACAAUCGUUAGUGGACAAUCGAACUCUAUGUGAGUGUGAAACAAAUAGGGCCCCAGAGCGGCGCCUUGAGGCACCCUGCUCUGAUUCUCUCGGACAAUACUGAUAUAGACUAUGUCGAGUAGCUCUAUCUAUACGUUAGUAGUGUAAUACCGCAGUGCAAUUCUCAACAUGCAAUAAUAGUUUGUACUUAAUCUAUAAGAACGUGAUCUCAAAUACGAAUCCUAUCGAAGGCCUUUGACGAUCUACUUAACUUGAAAUGUCCCGGGACGGUGACCCGUUAGACUAAUAACUUUAGUGUUCAAUUUUAGACGUACUUUUACAUUUAAUUUCGCUGCAUUUGUUUCGGGAAGCCGCUACUUCUUAUAUAGUCUAGUUAUUAAAUCGAUGCUAAGCACACGGAAAGCACACAACGAUAUCUUUUCUACACCAUUUCUCACCUGCCGAAAUUUACAGUAAAUAAUAUAUUAGGAGCAUAUGGAAUGAUCCAAUCUGCGGAUUAGUGCUGCAUGUCUACAAUAAGAUAAUUAUAGAACGGAACGAGGCCAAUGUCCCGCGGGUGUGGGCCGCCAUGCUGCCCCUGUCACUCUGACGUGUGUUUCGGCGCCAAAAGACAUUUGAACGUUUAAAUACACAUCUAUUGAUCCGACAUACACUUAUGGGAAACAGAGUUUUUUCCACAUUUCGUUAAUGGUUAUUGUUAGUUCACGUGAAUGUUUUUACAAGUUUUGUUAUAAACAAUGUAAUAAAAGUAGUUAAUGAUUGUUAUCGAGAAAUAACUACUUACUUAAUUAUGUAACGUAAAUAAUUAAAAAUCCAAAACGAAUUGAUAACAUGGGUGCAAUUACCUAAAUGUUUGUUACUCAGGUAAUUUUGUUUUUAAAUACGUUGGUAAGGUAGGUAUAAUUUUAUUCAGUCUCAAAAUAUGCCAAUUUUCUGGAGAAAAAAGAAAACUAUACCUACUUACCUCUUGCCUACAUUAAUUAGUAAAUAAGUAUAAUAAGUUUCUGUAAAUAUAUGUGAAAUUAUCAUUUAAGACAGAACUGGAAUUGUACUUAUCUUAAUUUCUUAUUUCCAAGAGUUUAGUAAAUUAAUAUACUCACCUACCCUUCAGUAAAGUAAGAUUUAGCCUUUAAAAAUCGAUUUGAUGGACAUAGAACCGUGAAACUAUACUGAAUUUGACAUCAUACAAGUAAAAAUACCUAAUAAGUUAAAGUACAUAUUACACGGUGGCAAAAUACCUAUGAUAGAAUUAAAUUACCUAAGCAUUUCAAGCGAUUUCAUCCUACACUAGAUACGAAUUAUUGUUAAGUAAUUUUAAUAAGAAAAUAAACCCAAAUCUAAUAUAAUAAGGCCUUGAAUGAAAUCGCUUGAACUGUGAUUCUUGAAGUUUCUGAAUUACCAUUUCCGGUAAGUAAUAAUUUGACAUAAUUUGAGGGCUGAAUUUGAAAAAGAUUGAAUAUUUAUUGGAUCAGUCCAAAACUAAGAACCAUUCCAAUAUUUGCUUGCAACUGUUAAUAAGGUUGGAUGCUUCUGAAUCAACCCCAAUGCCAAAUUACGCCACGCUCUGGUAUUUCAGAAACUUUAAGACAGUUUAGAGCUAAAUUUCUAUAAAAAGUUUGAACUAGCAACACUUGUAAUUAACAAGGGAAAUGAUGGACCGUAGCCUGUGCCUGAUUGGUUACCUCGUGUAGUUCAUAAACUUAGAAUAAGACUUUAUGUUCAAAUAUUAGCUGACUAAUAAUAUUGUGAUUCUAAAACACUAGUAAUUCUCUUACUUCCUCGUCUUCACGGCCUGGCUUUUCCAUUUGUCUCAAGCAAAAUAAAUAUUCCUUUAUUGUUUACUCAAAAUUGUUAUGCCAGCUUGGAACUUGUCGCAUAUAACUCGUUGGGUUGUAUAACUUUAAUAUUGACACUGGUUUAUUUGCUGAUUGUAUUGGUAUCUAUACAGUAUUAACAUCAUAUCAGCUUAUAGAAAUCUUUAUAUUCUUUUAUGAACUUUGUCAUCGAUACACUGUUUCUCUUGUAGAUCAUGCCAAGGAGUCUAAAGCAUAUGCAAAACAUCCUGCCUUAUUUACUAACCGGCUAGAUGAAGAAUUGUUUCAUAUGAUUGUGAACUAAAUAUCAAGUCUUCACACCAAGGCAGCAGUUUUCUAUAGAAAAUAUAGGUAUUAUCCUCAGACAGUGCAUCGAUGACGUACGUAAAGGGCUUGACCAGAUAUAACGAGUUAAUAACCGAAGUCAAUAAAAAGUAUGAUAAUUAAAAUCAUUGUUGGUAUGACAACAAUAAGAUUCAUAUUUCAUUUAGACUAAAUUAAAACUCUGAUGAGGGCGAAAAGCAUUCCUAUGCAUGUGCAUAAUAUCAAAAUCCUAUUUUGGUUGUACCUACCUGUUCCUAUCCAGAAGGCACCUUUCAAAGAGAUCAUGUCUGCUGGAACUGAUGCACAUACUUAAUUAAUGUAAACUUUACCUAUUUUUAAAAUCUAAGAAAGCUUCCGUUUAGUUCAGAAUUCGUACCGGAUAUCUGAUAUAUCUGGCCAAGCCCGUACUUUCUUAUAUUUUUCUAGUCUAGCCGCCAUGUCGCCAAAUAUUGUGCCAAACAUUAAGAACAUGUAGAUAUGAACCGACCAGGUCGCAAGGGACAGCUGGUAAUAAAUUGAUUGAAAAUCUA